GACGAAGCAUUACGUAAUUACAAACUGCUUUCCGACGUCGACUUUAGGUGGCGUCGUCGCGGAAGCACUCUCCCUUCAACCAUCACUUUCGAAGAGCAAUACGCCGCUGUUUUCCCGUCGACAAUGGAGAAACAGGUCGAGCAGCUCGUAGAAAUGGGAGCCACCCAUGCUCAAGCACGAGCCGCACUCAGGAAAUACAAAGAUGUCAUGGAGGCAGCAGAACGCAUUUUCGAGGGAAAUUUUGAUGAUGCAACCGAGGAUGACGAUGUCCAGAUGGCGUCCGCUGAACCCGUACCCCAGACGAAGCGACAUAGAAUGAAUACUCCCGACGAAGGAGAGGAAGAAGACAUACCAAUCGACGAUGAGGACGAUGAAGAGGAAUUCGUGGACUACGACUCAGACUAUGAAAACAUGCAGAUGGAUUUUACCAAGACUGCUACCGAUGUCGAUCCAUAUUCUGGUAUCUUCUUUUCGAAGGAUCGUCGAGAAGAAGUCAUCGAAGUAGAGGAGGACCCUGAGACCACCGUUAUCGAUGGUGUGCAGGUCAAGAUUAUGACCCAAGGCGAGUGGAUGAAGGGUUGCCCCGAGGGCGGGGAACAAAGCUUUUUGUUUGCUCUAUACUCCCAAUUAACCGAAGGGCAAUGCCGCUGUCCCAAUGAUUGUGGCACCUCCGUUUCUCGGUCCAAAGGCGACUUUUUUGGCAUUUUUCCAGACUUUUCUACUUAUAUCGAGCAUCUUCGAAAGAUUAUUCGAAGAACAUGCCCAGAAUGCCAAAAGGAGUACUGUUUUGCAUGCGGUGAAUCCAUCUCGACAGACAAAGUUCACAGACCGUCUGCCGCCACCGACGAUAAUCCCUUGUUCCAUUGUUCGAACAUGCAAGGCGUAAUUCUGGGCGUUGGCAUUUCGAUGCUUGAGCAAAUGUUUGUCGAUCAAAUCAGCGAAACACCUCACAAUAAAGAAUCCAAACCAAGAAGCAGUAAACGACGCAAGCCCAACCCUCCAGGGAAGGAUCUCGAUGAUGACGAUGACAUCUAUUAUACACCAGUUGGGGGAAAACGAGCCAAAGGGGGGACCGGCUAUGCUGGAGACCAAAAGGAGGAUAAUUCUGGUCAGGCGAAGGAUGAAAAGAUUGGGGGACUGCUCACAGCAGUUCGAGUGUACCUGCCAUCGCUACGUAGGCCAGGAGGAGGCCAAACGAGUGACUACCUGGUUCAUCCGACUGCCCUCGCUCACCUGCGGCGACGUUUCAAUCAUGUCUGUAGUGUCCUGCUUAGGAAUGACUCCUUGGCAGAUAUGUCUGAGCGUUCGGUACUCUAUUUCGAACUCCUGGAGUGGCUAGAGACGAUAUCAAAUCACGAAGCUUUGGCGAGUAUGAUGGCUAUGCCCAUCAUGGCGGUAGCAUCUGUUAAGGCUAGUACGCCGAAGAAAGGGUCGAGAUCCCAUAUUCGAGAACGUACGAUUGUGUAUGAAGGCAGCUCUAGUCCCCGAGAGUUACUGGAGGGUAUCGUCAUCCAAGCUCAAGCUGCUCUGAAAGGUCUGGAAGGCAUGAAGCUAGUUGAAGAUGGUCCUAAGGAAUUGACGGAGGAAGAAAAGCGAAUGACCAUAAAUUCCAAGGGGAAAGCUAAAGAGACCGGUCCAGCUGUAUCUGAAGAGAAUCAAGCGCUAAUCAGUUUCUGUCGCCGUAUACUCUCCACAACGACUGCAAUCGACCGUUCCCUUCGUGAAACAAAAGGCGAUGAAUUCGUUGACAGACUGCACGCAUCUCUUCCGAAGAUUCUCACGUCCUCUUCUCAAGCUAUAUAUGUGGAGCCCGGAGCAACGGAGGAGAGUGCCAAGAAGGCCUACCUGGAAUGGGCGACUAACGUCAGAUUUGAGUACUGUGAUCUCACUCUACCAUCGACCGAUAAAGACGAUCCGGACAACCCUUUGCCUCACUACAAGUUUUAUUUCAACCAAGAAGCUCGGAAUCUAGCGAACAUGGAUAUUCCGAAACGUUCUUUAGCGAUAGCGAAGGAGCUCGCUAUUCUUACAGCUAAUUUACCUGUUGCGUGGGAUUCGUCUAUAUUCUUGCGCGUCGAUGAGACAAGAGUAGACGUAAUCAAAGCACUCAUAACUGGGCCCGAAGGAACUCCCUUUCUCUUCGAUAUAUUCUUGGUGCAGCGUUAUAACGAGGCCCCUCCCAGUGUCAAAUACAUGACAACGGGCGGAGGAAAGUUCCGUUUCAAUCCUAACUUGUAUGCUGAUGGCAAAGUAUGCUUGUCAUUGUUGGGAACAUGGUCCGGACCAGGAUGGGUGUCCGGCAAAUCGACACUGUUGCAGGUUUUGAUCUCAAUACAAUCGAUGAUCUUAUGCGACGAACCUUAUCUCAAUGAGCCUGGAUGGGCCAGCAGUGCGGGAACGCCACAGUCCCAGUCAUACUCCGCAAAUGUGCGAAGGAUGGUGGUAAAAACUGCGAUGCUUGGCAACUUGAAGAAUCCACCAGAGCCGUUUGGAGAUAUUAUUCGGACACAUUUCCGGUUGAAGGCUCGCUCGGUUUCGGCUCAGUUAGACCAAUGGCUUGCCAUGGAUGACGGGAAGCCGACGACUUCUGAUGGUGGAGGAUAUGGAGGAAGCGAGCGGGUUGCUGGGGGAAGUUCGAAUGGCUUCAAGGCAGAUUGUGAUGAACUCAAGGCAAUGCUGAAGGAAUUGUAGAUGAUAUUGAGGUAGACAAACCGCACGCAGUGGAUAUCCAAGUAUUAUCGAAUUAAUACAAUUUUGACUUUCAUUACCGGUG